UUCAGUAGCUUCCGCCUCCAUUUUGUCAUCGUAUGUACAAGUGGCAAAGGAAAACCUCUACAACUAUUGCGUCGUAGAGAUAGAUUCUCCGGCAAUGGACGGCAUUGUCAGUGAUGUUGGUGUGGGGGUGAAGAGAGGAUCAGACGAGCUUUUGUCUAGUAGUCUCUACAACAGUCCUAACUCUGGCAUGAGCAGUAUAAGUGACGGCACGUCAAACGGAAGCGACAGUAAGAAGUUUAAGGUGGAGGACGCGCCCCCAUCCCGCGUGCUCCACAUCAGGAAGCUCCCCAACGAGGCCACCGAGACCGAGGUCAUUGCCCUGGGGCUGCCCUUUGGCAAGGUCACCAACAUCCUUACGCUGAAGGGCAAAAACCAGGCCUUCUUAGAGAUGGGGACCGAGGAAGCAGCCAUCACCAUGUUAAACUACUACAUGGCCGUCACCCCACACGUGCGCAACGCGCCUGUCAUCAUCCAGUACUCGACUCACAAAGAGCUGAAGACAGACAGUGCAGGCAAUCAGCGGGCACAGGCGGUUCUACAGGCCGUGUCAGCUGUGCAGGGGGGCGGCAUGCCCACGUCGGGCUCAUCUGCCAGCGAAAGCGCUCUCACGCCCGCUCCAAGCCCCGUACUGCGCAUCAUCAUCGACAACAUGUUCUACCCCGUCACCCUGGACGUGCUGCAGCAGAUCUUCUCGAAGUUUGGAACGGUCAUGAAGAUAAUCACGUUCACCAAGAACAAUCAGUUCCAGGCUCUGCUGCAGUACAGUGAGCCCGUGAAUGCGCAGCAGGCCAAACUGGCCCUAGAUGGACAAAACAUCUACAACGCUUGCUGUACACUCCGUAUUGACUUCUCCAAGCUGGUCAACCUGAAUGUGAAGUACAACAACGACAAGAGUCGGGACUACACCCGCCCGGAGCUCCCGUCUGGAGACGGCCAGCCCAGCGUUGACCCUUCCGUAGCAGCAGCCUUUAGCAAGGACUCCUCCUCGCUGCUCGGUAAGAUUCCAGGUGCCCUGAGCCCGUUGAAUGCUGCAGCGGCCGCCGCGGCAGCAGCUGGAAGGGUGGCACUCGGCCACACGGGCACCAGUGGAGUCCUCCUGGUCAGUAACCUCAACGAAGAGAUGGUUACGCCCCAAAGUCUCUUUACCCUCUUCGGCGUCUAUGGUGAUGUGCAGCGUGUGAAAAUCCUGUACAAUAAAAAAGACAGCGCCUUGAUCCAGAUGGCAGACUCUAAUCAGGCCCAGCUUGCUAUGAGCCAUUUGAAUGGUCAGAAGAUGUACAGCAAGAUCAUCCGGGUGACCCUGUCCAAGCACCAGACGGUCCAGCUGCCCCGAGAGGGUCUGGAUGAUCAAGGGCUCACUAAGGACUUCACAAACUCGCCCCUGCACCGCUUUAAGAAGCCUGGCUCCAAGAACUUCCAGAACAUCUUCCCUCCUUCAGGCACCUUGCAUCUAUCCAAUAUCCCUGAAGACAUCACAGAGGAUGACCUUCGAGUUCUGUUCUCCAACUCUGGCGGCACGGUGAAAGCCUUCAAGUUUUUCCAGGAUCAUAAAAUGGCACUCCUGCAGAUGGCCUCAGUGGAAGAGGCAAUUCAGGGCCUCAUCGACCUCCACAACUACAACAUGGGUAACAACCACCAUCUGAGAGUUUCCUUCUCUAAAUCGACCAUCUGAGAGGGGCCCCCACCACCAC